ACUGGAGCGGGUGGCCAGAAUAGACCGUGCCAGUUCAGUCUCUCUCCCCGGUUCUCAUCUUAAUCUAAUCCAUCCACAAGCCACACUCCCUGUGCCAUUGCUCUGCUGCUGUGUUUGCACAUCCCCGUCCCAUCUCCCUCUUCUUCCUCCCUUACAAUCUACUGAAAUUUAGUUAAGUGCGAUGGCUGCCCCGUCGUCUGCCAUCUCCGCCAAGUUUGGGUGCGCGGCGCUGCCUUCCCUGAGCUUGAAGGGAAGCAGAAUUGUCGGCCGGAAGAAUCUGAUCUCCAUGGGGACGACGAGAAGAGGCCUCGUCUCCCAGAGGUCCCCUCGCUUCCGCGUCUUCUGCGCGGCCAAGCCGGAGAUGGUGAGCAAGGUGAUGGGCAUCGUGAAGCAGCAGCUGGCCCUGAGCGACGACGCCACGCUCACGCCGGAGUCCAAGUUCGCCGACUUGGGCGCCGACUCCCUCGACACGGUGGAGAUCGUGAUGGCGCUGGAGGAGGAGUUCAAGAUCACGGUGGAGGAGGACAACGCGCAGAACAUCACCAGCAUCCAGGAGGCGGCAGACCUCAUCGACAAGCUCGUCGGCGAGGAGGGGAAGGCUGCCUGAUCAAUCUGGAUGUAUUGAGUUUUGCCAACCAGUUCUUUUUCCCUCGUACCAUCAAGCAUAUGGUUUUGCUCAUGAGAUAUUCUUUGUUAUUUUUAGUUGCCCGAGUUGUUAGAUCCGAAACAUGGUUUUGAACUCGAAAUUAUUUUGUUAUUGGUGUAGAACUUUGGUUUUCUCCUUAGGUUAAAAAAUUGGAUCGAACGACAUUGAAAAUAA